UGCACCGUACGUAACAACCGGCCAAAUGAGAGUCUUGUACAGCUUCAUCUUUGUGUUGCGGGUCAACAGCUUGGAUUUAAGGAUCCAAAGAUCCCUCCGACUCUAGUGGGUGUCCACUUUUGCGAGAAGAUGUAAGCAUAGCAUGCACAACUCCUACUUAAGUAUGAACUUCCUUUGCGGAGAUGUUGACAUCAGCUGUCUUCUGUAUAAUUCGAAGGUGCAGUUUGCCGAGCGUUUUGUGGUGUAAAUAUAAGUCCGAAGUUGACCAAGUAAACACCAAGAGCAAGCCGAGCCAGCGGUUGAAAGCCUCGCCAAGACAAGAAAUCGAUGAUCCACGCAGCAAUGGCCGCCACUUGGAACUUGCUGAAGGCGUUGUGGUAAACAUCAAGCCAAGGAGUGUACUCGUAGUUUUGAGAUAGGAUUGUCUUUGUAGCCACAUGAAGAAAGACCAGUGAAGCAAGGGAAAGCAACCAUACCAUCCAUAGAACCACCUAAAAUGACGUCGAGUGGUUUUCCCUUAUAUCUGUCUCGGAAGAAUCCAUACGCUCUGACAGUUCCACCAAUCAUGAAGUAGAUGUCGACUCCUCGAAGGAAGUUUUCACACAAGCUAUGCAAUGUGGAGGUGUUAGAAGCGAGAGAAAAAAUAACACAGGUGAUAUCACGAUUUGAACCACAGUUGCGAGAACGAGCAAAAACAUUGCAAAAGCUAGCAUUUCCUAUACCAGAGGCAGAGUUUGAGGCUUUUGUCAAAGAAGUUGUGACCCAAAGAGUUCCUAUAAAUGCCGAGACCGAGCAAUGUAGAGAAGACAGUCAACAUUUGCUCGACUCCAUUAUCGGAGGAGAGACUUGGGCCCUUCACAUGUUGGACGCUUCUACUAAACUGCCAAGCGGAAUCCUUGAUGGACGCUUCAUAGAUUCCGGAGUCUACAGUCAGUGUGUGAGAGUAGAAGAGCCGAAUCAACAGUUCAAAGGUCAACACUGUCUCGUAGAAAUUAGGAACGUUUUUCCUAAGGAGCUGCAUCUGCUCUUCAACUAUGAUCUGUCCAACGUGCCCAGAGAAGUGGUGGGGGUUCUACCCCACGCGAAGGAUCUUGCAAUGUCUGUGUGUGUUCCGUCCAGCUGUUCGGCCCGAGAUGUCCAAGUACAUAUGGAUCAUGUCCUGGCGUCCAUUAAUGCCUCUUCUGUUAUCUACGAGACCAGCUGUUCUACCAACCAGCCAAUACCAUUUAGUUUCAUGGAACGUGUUUUGAUUAUUCUGUUUUUGGGCGUUGUCAUCUUAGUUUGCUGGGCUACAGUCAAAGAUGCACAACCUACUAAUAAAUCAGUGUUGGCUUCCUCAUUCUCCCUGCGCCGCUCCUGGAGGCAACUCACCGACUCCCGCACUUCUUCAGAAGAAGUUAGCUGCAUGGCUGGUGUCAGAGUGUUCUUCACAGUUUCAACCGUCUUCAUUCACUGCUUCCUCAAGCGUCUCUGGGACUCAUCACUCAGUCCUCUGAUUGUAGAACAGGAACUAGGAAGCUGGCACAUCCUCUGGAUUGAGUUUGGCAUUCGUAGUCCCGAAGUGUUUUUCUUAUUCGGAGGCAUCACCAGAACUCUGGGGUUUCUGCGAGAGCGAGCGAAAGAAAAACCAUUCCAGUUUGGUGCUGAUAUUUUGAGGCGUUACUUCAGGUAUACUCCGACUCUGGCAGUUGUGAUGAUAUUCUCCGCCAACUUCCUGAUGAGGUGCGGCUCGGGUCCGUUCUGGACCAGACAAUCGAUGCUGUCAGCCUGGGGUUGUCGCAACCUCUGGUUCACCGGGCUGCUGCAUAUCUCCAACCUGUUGUAUCCCAGAGUGGCCUGUGUUCAGCACAGCUGGUACCUGUCUAUAGAUUUUCAGCUGUUCCUCAUUUCUCCGCUGUUCCUGCUACAACUCCAUUACGAUCCUCCAAUAGGAAUGUUGCUAAUCGCUGCUGUUGCCGCUGCGUCAAUCUUUACUAACUUUCUGGCCGCCGUCGCCACCAGUGUUGAUGCUCCUUCUUUGGCCAUUAUGUACAAGAACCGGAUGGGGAAUGAGAUCGUCAGUGAGAUCUACUUCUCCACUCCUUACCGCACAUUUCCAUACCUGCUGGGGCUGACUUUGGGUUAUUUCAUCUUCACAAUGAAACAAGACAAGAUAAAAGUGAAAAUUCCAAAGUUGAUGCGCUGGCUAGGUUGGUCAGCUACUACGUUGGUGAUGUCUACUUUGUUGGUAGUGUGCCACGUGAUGUUAGACCCGAGCUACGAGAGAGUCGCUUGGUUUGAUGUUGGCUACACUGUGCUCGGUAAGCCGAUGAUCGCUUUAUCUGCAGCCUGGGUCGUGAUGGCUUGUCACCUGGGGUAUGGAGGUCUCUUGAACAAUUUUCUCUCCUGGCCAGGGUUUCAGCCGUUCUCCAGACUAGCUCUUGGAAUCUAUCUUGUCCACUUUGAGAUAAUACGGAUCCAAGGCAAUAGACUGACAAGACCUGUAGAAUAUGACAAUUUUUAUUUCUUCCAUAUCGGCAUCGGCGUGCUGAUGGUGAGCACUUUUGUCGCUGUGGUAUUAUACCUCUGUGUAGAAGCUCCUUGCUACAAUUACGUUUCUCAUUACCUCCGAAACAUUCCUGCAAACGUAGAAGAUGACAAGACUCAUCAGCUGGUGAAGAACGGCUCAGAGAGUCACAAAUCAAAUCAGCUAACUUCUAUGAAAAGCAAAAAAGUGUCUGGACGAUUAAAGAUAAACUAGAAAGAAAUUAUUAACCUUUUUAAAUGUGUGAAGGUUUGCGAAAAACUGCUAAUUUAGCUUCUAUGUUCCGAGUGAGAUGACAUUUGUCAUAAACUGCUGGCCAUUUAUAAGGAUUGAAUGAACAUUUUAAUUUUCAAGAAACUUUGGCUCCUUGGGUUUAUUGUUGAAGGUCUUUUAGCUCUACCAAAAUUAAAAUUGGAACUCUUCCCAAAAAUAUAGGAUAACCCAUUAGACCUACAUCUAUGACAAAUGUAGGUCUUCGACAUAACCCACAGUUUAUUAAGAGGGUUCCACCAGCCAGCUGGUUACCAUAAACAUGGUCCUUCAAAAAAGAACUUCGUGGCAUUAUUGAAGUGUUAAUCGAGUUGAGUUGAAAUAAACUAUAAAAUAUUCACAAAGAUCCAAACUAUGCCCUGGAUUAAAUGAAACUUCGUAAUUGUUUCUUUAAGUAUUUACAAAAUCAUUUUGAAAAUCCGUAAAUUAGUCUUUUUCACAUGUGAUUUUAGCUUAUGAAUAAUAGUUUAACAUUAAUUUAUGUUAAGAGCACAAAAGCACACUAUCAUUGGAAACAAAUUACAAAUUAGUUUUGGAGUGCUGAAAGCUUGUGCCGUAGAGGCAUGUUUAAAAACAUUAGCUUCUUGUUUUUGUUCAGGAGAGUCUACUUGCUACCUACUUACUAUUGUAUGCACUAUUUAGUAGUAUUUUUUGUAUGCAUCUUGUGUCUUAUAUCAGUUGUAUGUCUUUUGCAACUUAACAACUCAUCUUUGUUCACUUAUUGUAUUUAGUAUAAACCAUUGCUUGUUUUUCUCUCAAAUGUUACUUUUGCUCUAAUUUAAAACCACCUCGCCUCAGUCAUUGCCAACUGUUGUUACUGUUUUUAAUUUUUUUGUUAAUUGCUAUGCAUGCACUAUUUAUUAUUACUUCUUAUUAUGUCUCAAAUGUACUAUUACCAUUACCGAUUGUAUAACUUUAGCAUCUUUGUAUGUAUGGUAUUUAUUGUAUAAUGGUAUUUGUCGUAAAUAAAUAAAUUGAAUUGAA